AUUAAAUCCGAAAAAAGGGGAAUAACGGCGUAAAGGACCGAGAUUGGGAAGAACAGCAUGCGACGGGAAAUAUCAUCUUCCGGGGGAGCCCCGAUAAGUACCUGACGGAGCAAGGCUGGAUGGCGCAAUCUGAACUAGGAUCCCGGGCUUUGGUAGAGGAUUUUGUGCGAUACAAGUUAUGCCAGCGUAGUCUAGUUCCGGAGCCUGCAGGAGCAGCAUCCUGUUCUUUGCAUUCAGCCAUGCGUGCUGCAGGGGAUGAAUUUGAAGAGAGAUUCAGACAAGCAUUCAGUGAGAUCUCCACACAGAUCCAUGUGACCCCUGGCACAGCAUAUGCACGCUUUGCAGAAGUAGCAGGUAGCCUGUUCCAAGGUGGGGUGAAUUGGGGUCGUAUAGUUGCAUUUUUUGUUUUUGGUGCCGCACUGUGUGCUGAGAGUGUCAACAAGGAGAUGUCCCCUCUUCUGCCACGGAUUCAGGACUGGAUGGUGACAUAUCUGGAGACAAACCUGAGAGACUGGAUUCAGAGCAAUGGAGGCUGGAAUGGAUUUCUAACUCUAUAUGGGGAUGGUGCCAUAGAAGAGGCCAGGAGGCAGCGUGAGGGGAAUUGGGCAUCACUGAAGACUGUCUUAACUGGAGCAGUAGCUCUGGGUGCUUUAAUGACAGUAGGAGCCUUGUUUGCCAGCAAGUGAUAGAGACUUAGAAAACAGACAAGUAAUAGACACUAAGAAUUACCUGAUACAGUUUAUUCAUGUACAACCAGUCCGAAGGAGGUGUGUGUGCUCAUGAGUGUUAAUUUCAGUUCCAGCUCUCUCUCUCUCUGUUUGUCUUUAUUUGUUAAUCUUAUUUUGUUAUAGUCUGACUGGUGUAUUUGUGAAGGUGUGUGCGUGCUUUGUAUUUGCGAGCCUCAGUCUCUUAUUAAGUGUGCAGCGUGCUUAAUUUGUUUACGUUUCUGAUUGCCUGUGCUGCUUUCCCUGUACAGCAUUUGUAUUUUGUCCAAACUUCUUUUCUCUUAUGCCUGUUGUUCUAUGCAGAAUUUAUAUGUUCUCUUGUAUGUGUAAUAUUUACUGUGUCUUUGUUACAGCGUGACUGUUUUUAGUUUUUGUUGCUCUGUUGUUGCUCUGGAUAUGGGAGCAGUAACUUUAAAAUGUGUGUGCACAUUGUGCUUGGAUGCAAUGAUUCUGUGAAUGAUGCUGAUAUUUAUCACUUUUUUCUGUUGGCUUGUGAUGCUAUAUACAACUCCUGACGAAGUAGGAGUCGUCUUCUCUCUGGUAGCCCGACUAGGCAACUACUUAUUUGCAGAGAGCAGAAGAUUUGCGGUCUGUUUGAUAUGGCUCACUUGCCAUUGGAGAUGUGACUUUUUGCAAAUCUAUAAUUUGCAUGUGUGUUCCUCCAGCUCACUGGUAGAUGUUUUCCAGAGAGCUGCAGCACACUUCUUUGAGUGAUCUAUCACUCUCCAAAACAAGGUUGAUUACAAAAUCAAUUAGCAAAGCCUUGGUUUUUCCCCAGAUAAUGAUCAUCAUUCCUCAUAUUUCUGGACUUGCUGCUGUCUCCAAAGUGUCAUUAGCUUCGCAGGGAUAGGAGCAGAUACUGCUCUCCUUCCCAAACAUCCUGAUGUGUUGUCAUUCAUCUCUCAGCAUAAAUGCAGAUGAAGGAGAGCCUGCUUCAUACAUGGACCGAGAUGGCAGUUGAACCCACCCAAGUAGAAUGAGCUCUGAGAGAACAGGGUGGGGAUGCACAACUCAACACAGCCUCCUUCAGAAAUAAUUCAGGGGGUAGUGUUUUGUAUUUCCUCUGUAUAGAACACUAAAGGAAGGGUCUGGCAAAGUUCUCAUUGUGCAUUAAAGAUUCCUGGCUGAGGA